CACGCCAGGCCCCGCCGCCGCCUCUCGCUGAAGGGGCGCCGAGCCGCAGAGAGAGAGAGACGGACAGGCAGGGAGAGAGGGAGGGAGACCGGGCGCCGCCAUGGACCCCUCGCCGCCGCCUUCCGCGGCUCCAGUCGAGGCGGGCCGCCUCUUCGACUCGCACCGGCUCCCAAGCGACGGGCUGCUGCUGCUGUCGCUGCUCGUGUACGCGCCGGUGGGGCUGUGCCUGCUGCUGCUGCGGCUCUUCGUCGGCCUGCACGUCUUCCUGGUCAGCUGCGCCCUGCCGGACAGCGCCCCGCGCAGGUUCGUCGUGCGCGUGAUGUGCUCGGUGCUGGGCCUCCUGGUGCGGCAGAGCGACCCCCGGCAGCGCAGCCUCCGUGCCCGCGUCUACAUCGCCAAUCACGUCACGCCCUUCGACCACAACAUCCUCCACCUGCUGGCCUCCUGCAACGCGCCUGCACUGAAUGGCACCUCUGGCUUCAUCUGCUGGUCCCGGGGGUUCCUGGAGGUGGGGGGUGCAGAGAGCAGAGCUGAGCUGCUGGAGUCCCUGAAGGCUUACUCCUCCCAGGGGGGCAAUCCGCCCCUGCUUCUCUUCCCCGAGGAGACGACCACCAAUGGCCGCGUGGGCCUCCUGCACUUCAGCUCGUGGCCAUUCUCCAUCUUGGACAGCAUCCAGCCAGUGGCGCUGCAAGUCCAGAGGCCUUUUGUUGCUGUGAGUGUGGUUGGCACCUCCUGGGUCACUGAGCUGUUGUGGACUUUCUUUGUGCCAUUCACCAUUUAUCAAGUAAGGUGGCUGCCAAUGGUGUGCAGACCUGCCGAAGAAACCCGCGAGGAGUUUGCCCAGCGUGUGCAGCAGCUCCUGGCCUUGGAGCUGGGUGUGGUGUCCACUCACCUCACAGCUGCCGACAAAGCAGAACACUUGAAGCGACUGCGCCACAGACCCCCGGUGCCCUAUAGCCCCCCCGUUCCAAGCCAGCCCUUGGGGGCCCCCUUCCGGCCUCCCCCCACCGCAGCCUCCGCAGAGGAUGUGCGCUUGAUGGACAUGGCCCAGCACGUCAGAGAAGUCUUGCCUCAUGUGCCCCUAGCAGUCAUCCGCAAGGAUCUAGAUAUGGCCUCGUCUCUCCCCUUCUCUCUUUCAGCUCAGACUAACUGCGUGGACGCCACUAUUGCCAACCUACUAGAGGGGCGGGUUCCCUUCACAUCCAGCGAGGUGGAGACAGAGGCCUCCUCACCAACCGCGUCUGUCUCCAGAGGUCACUACCUCGCCGCCUCUUCCAUGGCCAUGGCCCCCGUGAAGCUCUUUGCCAGAUCCCCAGAGGCAAGGCACCUCUCCCUCCAGGAGCGGAAGCAAGCACUCUAUGACUGCGCCAGGAGGAGAUACACGGAGAAACACGGGGUAGCCUGCAAUGAAGGGAGCCGCUGACCAGCUUGACCAGUGAAGGGAACCGCUGACCAGCUUGGUAUCUUGGACUUGUGGCCUGACUCACCGUGGAUCUUUGUGGGGGUGGCUGCUCCGCUGGAGCUGAUUAGGAUUUGCACAUGUGUCUGGCCUACCACUGAGCGGUGCAUGCGCACGCCCUCUGAUGCCGCUGCUGGCGAGAAGGAGGGUCCCAGACCAUUCCUGGGCCUGGACUCAACAUGGUCUUGCAGCACAGCCAGGGUCAGGAGCCGACAUCGGGGGAGGGGGAAGCUUUCAUUAUCAAAAUAAACGUUACUCUAAUUCUCA